CUCUAACAUGGCUGUGUGAGGUGAAUGAUGCUCGUGCUCGCGGAAAUACUGGUGAUUUGCCCUCUCAGGGAAGGCUAAUAAUGUCGAGACUUGCGGAUUAUUUUGCCAUCGUUGGAUACGACCACACGAAAGACCGCAAUGGAAUUGGUAGCGGAAAAAUUAUCCAGCGGUUCCCUGAGCGGGACUGGCCAGAUACCCCAUUUAUUGAGGGCCUGGAACUGUUCUGUCAGCCACAAGGUUGGGCACUGUCAACCGAUCGUCAGGAGCCCAAAUAUUUUGUCUCGGUGCUGACAGACAUAGAUGCUAAUCGCCACUACUGUGCAGUUCUGUGUUUUAAUGAAGCUGUCUCCAUCACCCCAAGUAAACCUACUGAUGAAGAAGAUGAUGCCUUGGAGCUGGGCAGUGGAGGCAUACGAGGCAUGGGUCCGCCAGUCCCUAUCAUCACACACCACUCAAUCAUGUACGCCCCAAAGUGCCUCGUCCUCAUCUCAACACUUGACUACUUUGAAACGUUUCGAAACUGUAUGGGGAUUGUGUACACGGUGUAUAUGGAAGGCUUGGGGGUGAGCAUGGAGACACUCAUUGGCAACAUGGUGGGUUAUGUCCAAGUGCCGCCGCCUGGAGGACCGCAGGUUCGGUUCAGCAUUGGUGCCGGUGACAGACAAGCUCUCCAACCUCCAGCCUCCCCAACUCUCCCAGUCACCACCACCACCGUCCUCAGUCUCUUCAAUCAGUUAGGUAUCAAGAAUGUUCUGGUGCUAUUCUGCUCAGCUUUAACCGAACACAAGAUUCUCUUUCACAGUCAAUCUUACUGCAGACUCACAGAAUCUUGCCAUGCCCUCAAAGCCCUUCUUUACCCAUUCAAGUACUCACAUGUCUACAUUCCAAUUCUUCCUGCUACACUUGUAGAAGUUCUCUCCACUCCCACACCAUUCAUUAUGGGGGUGCACUCUUCUCUCCAACACGAUAUUGCUGAACUGAUGGAUGUCAUUGUGGCAGACCUGGAUGGAGGAGCAAUUCGUGUUCCAGAAAGCUUGACUUUUUCUCUUCUUCCAGAACCUUUCUGGUCCCAAACACAUGCUGCUCUCUCUAGGGUAUUGCACCCUGAUCUCAACUCUGCAGACAAUGCUUUUCCCUCCAGCAGUGGCAUUAGAGCUUCUCCGCACAUCAUGAUUGACAAGGAAAUUAGAGCAAUUUUUAUGCGAAUGUUUGCCGAGUUGUUACAAGGCUACCGCUCGUGUCUCACUCUUAUCAGAAUACACUCAAAACCUGUUAUAACAUUUCAUAAGGCAUCCUUCCUAGGCAACAGAGGGAUGGUAGACAACGAUUUUGUAGGGAAGGUUUUGGACUGCAUGUUCUUCACCACUUUUGUAUCGGAGAGAGGACCACCGUGGCGCGUGUGUGAUUUGUGGGAUGAUCUCUACUCGGGUAUCGGGGACCAAUUGCGCCUGGAACAACACGAUAGUCGAAUGCUUCUAGUCCAUAUUCAGGAACUUGCUCAGCAGCUGUAUAGCAAUGAGAACCCUAACCCCCAGCCAUUUGUUGCUAAGAUUCCAAAGCCUACCGAAGGUUCAUUUACUCGAAUCCACCAACCUGUCUUCCCACACAUCGAUGCUCAGAAAGUGCAGAGCAUUAUUGAUGAGGGCACAGCCAAAAAAGUUAAGAUUCCGCAGAAGGCUGGCCAGCCCAGAAUUGUUCCCAUGGGGCCUCACAUCUCUAGUCUUCAAUCUGGCCGAGGCAUGGUAUCCAGUUCUGCUAGAAGAUUAGAAGUAAUGAGAAAUUGUGUUAACUGCAUAUUUGAAAAUAAAAUUAGUGAUGCCAGGAAGACCUUCCCCGCUGUCUUACGAGCUCUGAAGAGUAAAGCUGCACGCUUGGCCCUGUGUACUGAGCUGAGCCAUCAUGUACAGGGUAACAAAGCUGUACUUGAACACCAACAGUUUGAUCUAGUUGUUCGUCUCAUGAAUUGUGCACUGCAGGAUGAUUCUCCAGUUGAUGAACACGGAGUGGCUGCGGCCCUUCUUCCACUAUCCACUGCCUUUUGUCGUAAGCUAUGCACGGGAGUUAUCCAGUUUGCAUAUACUUGUAUCCAGGACCACACUGUGUGGGGUAAUCAGCAGUUUUGGGAAGCAUCAUUUUAUCAAGAUGUCCAGAAGGAGAUCAAGAGCCUCUACCAAGAUCGAUCACAACAGACAAGUCGUACCUCAAUCUGUUCAGAUAUAUCUUGUGUCAAGGAUCCAUCUCUUAGUCCGGUUAACCCUAGAGAUCCCUCAGAUACAGGCUCCUGGAAAGAAGGAAGAUUAUCAUACUACAGACCUCACGAGCCAUCGGCGCUUGAGAUAGCAGCAGAACAAAUGAGACUCUGGCCCAACAUUGAUCCAAAAAAACAGCGUGAAUUAUUUGAACAGGAGGAAUCUACACUCUACUCACAAGCUAUCCAUUAUGCAAAUAGAAUGGUAUUUCUACGAAUACCUUUAGAUAUCAACGCAGCUGUUCAUAGACGUACAUAUAAUGAUAGAGACAAUGCGAGUAACAGCAUAACUAACAGUAUGGCAGAAAGUGACAGCUUAGAUGCCGAGUCUGGGUUUGAGGACCAGGAACAGAGUGAUCGGGAGGCAAGUGUAAUACGUUUUGUCUCCAGAUUUGUGGACAAGGUGUGCACUGAAGGAAGUGUUACAGAGGAGCACAUAAAGUCGUUACAUCAGAUGAUUCCGGGUGUGGUAGCUAUGCACGUGGAGAUGCUGGAUGCUGUGUACAAAGAAUCUAAACGCUUACCGCCAAUACAGAAGUCGACUAUAUACAUCAGACGUGAUGCAUAUAGACAGAGUGUAGAUGGUACUUACAAACCUGACUCAAGGUACACUGAAAUAGUUUAUGGUCAGCCAAAGAUUCUGGUGCCAUCGUUAGUACCGGGAGAGGAAGUUAUGUACGAGGGUCUACGGGUUUACUUGCUGCCAGAUGGUCGAGAGGAGUCGACCGGAGGUCAUGUGGGAGGUCCUAUGUUACUGCCUGCUGAAGGGGCAUUAUUCCUCACCAACUACAGACUUGUAUUUAAGGGUCUUCCAACUGAUCCUUACGCAUGUGAACAAGUAGUUGUGCGAUCUAUGCCUGUGUCAUCUAUAACAAGAGAAAAACGAGUACCAGCCAAUCAGCAUCCAGGACCUAUGGAUCAGUGGCUCAAUGAAGGCCUUCAGAUACGAUCUAACACCUUCCAGCUGAUUAAAGUGGCCUUUGAUGAAGAAGUUCCUCAGGAGAGUAUUGAAACGAUGCGAAAAUUAAUAAAUCGGAUGCGACACCCACCUAAUAUCCACCAUCUAUUUGCUUUCGUGGGCCACAGUCACGUGCCUCAGACACCCAGCAGACAACAGAAAGAUAAGCCUGGCUAUGGUACCUUGAGAGGAUUUGCAAAGAAAACCCUCUUGAAAACUGCCAAAGCUGCAGGUCUAAAACCAAGCAAAGGAGGUAAAAGACACAAAUACGUAUUCCCUAGUAAUAACAAGUCUAUGACCUCCCCUGGACGUAUGAGCCUUGCCCAGAUGACCAAUAUGGACUUGAGUAACGAAGAUUUGCCCCACGACGACGACUUGUCUAGUUCGAGCGCUCGAUAUGGCUUCCUAGGUACAAGUAACAAAGGACAGUGUAAGCUGCUGCGUGUAACAUCGCCCGUGAGCCGCAGCUCCGAGGAAUUGGGCUGCGAAGGGAGGCUCUCGCCCAUUGUAGAUGAGCUAGAAGCAUCUGGUUUAAGCAACGGAUCAACUGGGCAACUGUCUGUAGCUGGGUUGGUUGGACUUCGGGAGGUAGAUAAUAAAACGCUGGAAAAACUGUCUGAACGCAGCUAUCACAAAGAUUACAUGCGUCUUGGUCUUGGCAGUCUUGGAAGUAAUGCCACUACAGUGCCACCAAGAACUAAAUCUGAAUUUAGAGUUACAUCCUGCAAUAUCAGUUAUCAGAUAUGCAGAAGCUACCCAGCCCUACUCUCCGUGCCGUCCAUUACUGGUGACGAUAGUCUUCAUCGGCUUGCUCGUUGCUACCGCCACAACCGUUUACCAGUCAUCACUUGGCGACACCCUCGUACAAAAGCUUUACUUUUGAGAGGGGCUGGCUUUCAUGGCAUGGGUGUUAGGAGCAUGCUCAUAGGACCGUCAACAAACACAGGCAAUACUAGUGAAGUGUCACACUCAGUUGAACAAGAGAAAUACUUAGCUUCAGUAGUUCAGUCAACACCCGUGUCAGUUCUCCGAGAUGGUUCCUCGUGGCGACUUACAGAUUCCACCCUCUCCAUAAACUCCUUGGUGCUGGCAGCAGGGGGCCCAACCUUAGAAGUUCCCCCAUAUCAUCCUACUUACCCUACACUCACACCUGAAGUUUGCAGGAAAACAAACCCCCUUUCGAAGGCCAUGAACACGUUACGGACAAGCGGGGGCAAGGGUACUGGCAGGAUGGGGCGGUGGGGCUCCAUACGUGGGUCACGUCUGGGUGUCCUGUCCGGUGGUGGGGCUGGAGGGACCCUCGGGACCCUCCGCCACUACCCUACAACCACCACUGCCCUUCGUUCCAGCAUCAGCACGGGGCCAAGACUCUCUGUUGAUUCUUCUGACACUGGUUCUGAAGCAGUACAAUCCUUCCACAAGGCUGCUCUCUAUGUUUUUGGUGAAAAGACACAAAUUAAGGGCAUCAAGACGGAUGCUUACCAUAAAACUGAGUUCAUCCCAGUAGACUUCACCGAGGUACGACAGAUCAAAUCUUCAUUUAAGAAGUUGAUGAGAGCCUGCAUACCUUCUUCCCCAACUGCUGAGCAAGAACAGUCCUUUUUCAGGGCAAUUGAGAACAGCGAGUGGCUGAACCAACUAGAAUCUCUACUGCAGGUUUCUGGGGCCAUAGUUGACCUUAUAGACCUGCUUGGUGCAUCCGUUAUGGUGCUACUGGAGGAUGGGUGGGACUUUACUGCUCAAGUUACUAGCAUAGCCCAGCUGUGCCUUGACCCAUACUACCGAACUAUUGAGGGAUUUCGAGUUUUGGUGGAGAAGGAAUGGCUAGCUUUUGGUCACAGAUUCAACCACCGAUCAAAUCUCCUUCAAGGAUCCCAAGCUAGUGGAUUUGCUCCCAUCUUUUUACAAUUUCUUGAUGCUGUGCACCAGAUUCAACGCCAAUUUCCCUUAUCUUUUGAAUUCAAUGAGUACUACCUCCGAUUCUUGGCUUAUCACUAUGUUUCUGCACGUUUCCGCACUUUCCUGAGUGAUUCUGAGUUGGAGAGAGCCGAGUUGGGAAUUAUGACUGAAGAGGACAAACGGGGAUCCCUCUCUCGGCAUCAUAAAGGUCUGGAAGCAACGCAGGAUGAUGAUAUUUAUCCGGGAGGGGGCCGUUUAGGAUCACCUGGAUCAUCAGGUCACCUCGGACAGUCUGUAUUUGACUAUAUAGAAAAACUGAGUGGACGCUCUACAGUCUUCCACAACUUCCUGUACAUGGGUGAUAGAAUAAGUGACUCAGCAGUGCUACGACCAGUGAAAGAAGUUAGUGCUCUCCAAUUAUGGAAUUACUUGCUUGGAGAGGAGCUGCGUCACGGGCCAUCAUAUGACCCUGAGGUUCGGAACUUAGACAGACAACAGGAGGAGGAGGCUGAAGCGGCAGACGGCACGAUCACCACAUCUCAGCGGAGAAUAGUUAUGAGUGGAUAUGACUGCGUCUGGGGCGUGCAACUAGAUGCCUUUUCUGCUCAGCUAGAGGAACUACGCCACCUUGAAUUAGAGCUUGGACAUCUCCCCCAAAAAUGGAACAUGCACUGGGAUAAGCUGGAACUGCCUCCACCUGAGCAACUGACUCGUCAGGUAUCCAUGACAACCCAAAUGGUGCGUCACCAUGGACGAAGUGUUCACAAGCGUAGCACGAUAGAAAUACUGAUUCGAGGAAAGACAAGUGGAAGCACUCCAGGUGGCGGUGGUGACACCCCUCAGGGUUGUUAUUCCCACCCACACCGAUUUGAAAAGUACAAUUACACCACGCCCUCGUAUUGUGAUCAUUGCUCUUCGUUAUUAUGGGGUCCACUUAAGACGGGAAUGCGGUGUAUGGACUGUGGGUAUAACUGCCAUGAAAAGUGCAUAGAGUCGGUGCCCAAGAACUGCACCAGGUUUAAGAGUGUCCGAGAGUCUGGAGUGAGCAUACAAACCAGCACAAAACCUACCAGCUUAGAUACUACCUCUGUAGGAUCAGGUGUGACAUCCCUACAAACUACAUCGCAUCAAUACUACGAGCAGUUUUCUUCAAACGUAGCAGAGAACAGAACACUUGAAGGAUAUUUAUGGAAACGUGGGUCUCUCCUCAAAAACUGGAAACAACGGUGGUUUGUUCUAGACAGUGUAAAGCACCAGUUGCGGUAUUAUGAUAGCAUGGAAGAUUCUCAUUUUAAGGGAAUUAUUGAAUUGUCUGAUGUUGUUGCUGUGAUCGCAUCUUUACCAACGCAAGGAGCGCCAAAGAAGGUUGAUGAAAGAGCCUUUUUUGAUCUCCAAACGAAACGGCGUUUGUAUAAUUUCUGUGCUUCAGACGGGCAAGCUGCACAAGAAUGGAUUGAGAAAAUACAAUCAUGCUUGCAGUAGUGUGGACUCAGAUGGCUGUACAUGGUGAAUUAAGUUAAGCUGGCUUUACAUUGCUAUGAUAGUUGUCUAAUGUACUUUGCUGAUAUCCUUCAGAAAAUUUUGUUCAGCCUGGUUCCUAUCCAGUAUUAUUAUGACAUUUUAAGACAAUUUAUAAUUUUGAGGUUAUUUUAGUCAUGCUUUACUAUCUCAAAGUUCUCAUAAUUAUAUCAAUGGUGUCCUUUAGCAAAGAGUUUCUGCAUAACUAAAAUUGCAAGUAAUUUGCUACUUGGUAAUGUCUUUGAUACAUGGACUUACCUGUCACAACAUAUAGAUGUACUUUCUGUCUGAGCCUAGAUGUUUAGGGGACCAAACUAUACAUGAAACCACAGUAUUCUUUGCAAGCUUUGCCUCUGAUUUAGAUUUUCUUUCAUAAUGGGUAGUCUGGUAAAGUGAAGAAAGCACGACGACUCAUAAUUUGAUGCGAGUAGGGGGCUGGUCACCCUGACUGUUGUGUCCUGCUUAUUGACAGUGUUGAGUAGACUGUCUUUUUCAUUUUUCCUCUGGAAAUUUGCAUUAAGACUGUGAAAGGAAUAAACAAGUCUGCAUGACUGAUGAGAAGACCCGAAUUCCUGUAGAUUGCAUUUAUUAUCGUUAUUAUUAUUAUUGUUUUAAACAUAUGCCAGAUUUUGUGUUUUGAAUAAUGAAUGAAAUUUUAUAUUGUGACAAUCACAUAUUUUCUUAUUAAUCCUGUUGAAGUUGCUGUACGAACUAAACGUGUACGGCAUUCUCUUUAUAGCGUACAAAAUAAAACAAUCUGUCUGUCCUCCCUUCUCCUCUCUAUCCCUCUGUCUCUUACCCUUAUAUCUUAUUCAUUGAUAAAGGAAGCAUGCUCUUGAAGAACAUACUGAGGUAAACAAAACAUGGUGGUGAAAUUAUUAGUCGUGUUGCCCUGACUACUUUGGUCUUUUCAAAAUCUGAUCAAUUCCUAGUCUUGCCUCAAUGUAAAAUAAAUAUACUGUAUAUAUAUAUAUAUUUGUUCCUCCUUCCCUUCUCCCCCCUUCUCCCCCCCCCAUUCCCCAACCCACAUCAGAUCCCCUUAGUUUUCAGUCAUAUGUUCAUCUUGUCUCCCUGUAAUUUAUCUCACUCUUAUCACUGCCGGGAUCAGUACUUUUUACGUAUAAUUAUUGUCUAAUUUUUUCGCAGCAAGUUUGUAGACUGCUCUCUCUCUCUCUCUCUCCCUCUUCCUUUAGACAACUACAUUUAUUUCCAAAUUCUAUUCUUGAAUGCUAUGGAUACCAAGGUUUCUUUAUUGACAUAAUCUUGAUUAUUUGCACUGGAUGACUGGAAAUUAUUAGAAUGGAGUCUGUGUGAUCCUGAAUGUCUUACCAUUUCUUUAGCGGCAUCUUCUGGCCUGCAAUUUUAGUUAUUUGGAGCGGUUUAUUUUUGGUAUUGAAAAUCAACUUUAAGUCUGGGCUGCUAAUCACGAUUAAUCUCAAGUUGUGCCAUCAACAUACAAAAUGGGAAACAUUAGGUGGGGAUGUGAGGAUGUUGCAUGUAUUUAUUGUCUUCAUUCUAGUUUAAUGUCAUCAGGCAUUCCUUUUAAAAAAAAAGUUUAUGCUUUUUUAGCUCGGUGUGCAAUGUUGAAUAUGUUGCAAAUAUCUCGUGUGUGUGUGUGUGUCUGUCUUUGCUGCUGGUCAUUCUCAGUUGGCCUAUAGGAGUGUCUUAGAUAAGUUUAGUAUGCAUUUUUUGGAGCGGUUGCUUUUUGUGGGUUUUAACUGCAAAUGUUUCAUUUUAGAUACAAGAAGUACAUGACACAUAAUAAGGCAGCAUUAAUUUUGCAUAUCAUCUUGUUGAUCGUGAAGAAGUAAGAAAACGUUUGGGAAAAUGUUAGCGUUGAGAGAGAGAUACUUAUUCACUUUAUAUUCAUAGAAUAAUUCAGUGAGUGCUCAACACUUUUUAUUUCUCAAUGUUUUCUGUCAUGUACAUACAUAGAUUAGAUUGAGUACCUGGCAGUGCACGGCUCUAUAUAUCUACAAAAGAACGUCUGUCUGUCCAGAGUUGGAGGCCAGGUGCUAGAGGCUAGCCUCACCUAAAUUUGCAAGGGGAAAUAUGAUCUGGGGUAAGGAACAAACAUUGUCUGGUUGAGGUAGGCCUAACUUAAAUCCUUUUAAGAAACAUAAGCCUGAAACCCAACCACUCGGGGGAGCAGAACUCCCGAAACUCUCUCCAGGUACUACUGUAUGCACAUGGAGUCUGAAAUGAAAUUGGGGAUGUUAUUUCUGUGUAGUUUAUUGUGCACUUUCAUGAGUUACUGGGAAAGAUGACCUGAAUUCAUUUGGGUUUGUGAUGAAAAUAGUUAAUAAGGAAGAUGGUUAGUGAUGAAGAUAGUGAGUACUGUAGUAAAGAUAGUAUGUAGUGAAGAUGUGAGAUGGUGGGAAUGGAGGAGGGGGGGACAAUGAAGGAACAAGGUAGACAGAGAAGGGGGUAGAGGUAGAUAAAUAGAAGUAAAUAUAGAUAGAUAGAUAUAGAGGAGACAGACAGACCCAGGCAACACCGGACAGUGGUGAUUAUAUAUAUAUAUGUAUAAAAUAAUAAUCCUCUCUCGUUUCUCUCAUUCUCCAUCUCAGAACAUGCAGUAUAUGCACCCAGCAAAUACACAUUGUAACCACAAUAUUAAUUUGUACUAGUGUUACUUUGCAACAACAUUGUGGUUGCGUUGUGUGAAUGAUGGAAAAGCUGAAAAAAAACUGCUAGAAAAACUCUAUGAAAACAAAACAGUCAUUUCAGACUUCAUAGGAGCCAAUCCCAUUUCAGGAGCAGCCUGGGGAUCAACCCCCAACUGUCUAUAACAACCCCCAUACAAUCACAAAUUGCUAUGGAAAGCUAUGUGAGCCUAAACACAACAAAUCUGGCUUCCAACCUCAGGCAGAUAAACUAAUACUGUACAUUCUCCUUUAUAUAUAUACAUAUAAAUACACAUACAUACACACACAAAUAUAUAUUUGUAUGUAUGAUAGAUAAAUAGCACACAGAAAAGCAAUACCGAUGAUAAUGUAGAUACCUCCAGUCAUGUUUCCUUGGCCUCAUUUUUUUUGCCAGGUUGCUAAGCAUCAGCACUCAUGGAUGAUGGUGAUUCAUCUAAAUCCAUUUAUAUGGAUAAUAUGCCUUGUCAUAUUACACAAGAUAAUGAAUCCCCAGCGUAAUAGGAAUAUUCUCGGCUAGUUAAGAGAGAAUAGAUCAUAUUAGUACUCUUAGUAUUGUUGGACUCAUGCUCAUCAUUUAGAAUUAUGGCCUCUUUUUCUAUAGAUUAUUGACUUGUUGUGUUUUUACAUUAAUGUGCAUCUGUUUUCUUCACUGUCAUGUACAAAUAAACAUUUUGAAAUGUGAUGUAACAGCUUAAUCUGUUGUGAAGUGAUAUUUCCAGCAUGCUCGAUAAAAUUAGGUCGUAUUGAAAAGUUUUGUAGGGCUAAUAAGUACGAGCUUGCCACUGAAUUGAAAGUUGACCCAAAAUGAGGCAUUAGAUUAUAUUGUGUGUUGAUUGGAAAGGGAGGAGUGAGGGGGGGGGGAGGUGCACACAAUUAAUCAUCGUAGAUCCUUCGCACAUAUUAUAUUUGUCCUCGGUACUCUGUAUUGGUUGGAAGACAAGGAAGCGAUACAAAUGUUUCUAUUAUAUUCAAUUUGAAAAGGCAGUAUUGUUCUGGAUGCCUGUUCUUUCCUUUCAUUAAUUUUUUCUCCAUCGUUUUGGGUCAACUUUAAACAUUUGUAUAGUACUAAGUAUUUUAAUCUUAUACCCCCCAAAAAACAGAAUCUUGAUAAUACUAGUUAUUUUGAAUACUCAUAAGAUCUAGUAAUGUGAAAGACAGAUUAAAAAAUACAAAAAUAAAAGUAUGGAGGACUCACAGAGUUUCCCUAUGCUAGUCAUGGUAUGUUAGAUUGCUUUUACGUCAUUGUUUUCCCAGACUCAAUUAUAGCUAAAUAAGACUUUUUAUUUGUUUUGACUUUUUGUGUCCAGUUAUCCAUUUCUUUAAUGUUUAAUAGGUCUUAGUACUGCCACCUGGAAACUUUUGAAAAAUCCUCUGUAUCCUUUUGAGCCAUACAUAGGUGCUGCACUCCUGUAUUUGUUAUUGGUUUUAAAUCAGAGGAUUAUUUCAUGUUUAUAGCAUAAUUAUAGAUUUAUUUGUAAAUUGAGUGCAAAUAUUAUAGUAAAAUUAAAUGUUACAAAUUGUCAUAAUGACUUGAGUGUAGCUUCUGGGUGUGGCUUUGUUUUUUUUAUUUAUCUUUGUUUAUUUUUAUUAUUCCUGAAUAUACGAACAUUCUGUGGAAGAUUUAAAUGUGUUCAGCACCAAAUGUUUAAGAGUUUCUUUUAUACUACACAUGGUUUAUAUUAUUUUUAUACUUUUCAUAGUUGCUAGAGGCAGCAGAAACAAUUUAAUUGGACUGUUUGUGUGUGUUGGCAUUGUAUCUAUUUAUGAUUAGCCAGUUAACAAAUUAUUUCCAGAUCUAUUACUGUCUAAUUUGUCUAAUGUAAGAAAAUGGUAGUUACUGAAUCAUCUUUGGUAGAGUGAUUCAGUGUUUGACCAUUGGGAGUGAAAUUGGGACAAUGAGGAUUUAUUUUGCCAACUGAAUUUGCUCCAGAUGUUUUACUCCAUCGUGUGAUGGAAAGAGAGUGAGUUGACAGGAAUUAUAAGAUACAACUAGCAAACUAAUUCACUGCAGGAAUAUUGUUGUUAGCCUGCUGUAUGGGCAUGCAAUCCAUUCGAGUCUAUCUGCACAAAAUUGAUUUAACGUUUGAGCCAGGUAUUGUAUCAUCAGUAGUUUUAAAUUACCAAAAAUAGUGCAUUUGGAAACUUAAAUGUACAGAUUAUUUGGCCAAUUUUCAAACCAUAUGUUGAAAGUACGGUAUUUGAAUAAUAAAUUUUUGUGGCUUGUUAGAAUGAUACUUAAAACAUUCUGCUCAAUUCUGGCAAACAAUAAUAUACAAUAUAUAUUUAUAAAAUUGAUCCUAGCUUAAUACAGGUAUAUGUAUGUGAUCAGAAAUAAACAUUGAGGAUUCAGGUGAAUAAAAACAUUUGCCUACAUUCUGCAAAGACAGGGGUCAAACUUCAUCAUAAUUUAUAAUGACUAUAUAUAUAUAUAAUUUGGUAAAUUUCAGCCAGUUACUCUUUAGAAAAGUAAACGUCUUCACUGUACUACACUAACAUUUAUCAACAAAUAUUUACUAGUGCUCUCUGUUUUAUUGCCUAAUUUUGUUAUGUUUUUUCCCCACAUGUAGUGAAUUGAUUAGAAUCCUAUUUGUUCCUCUAAGAUGUGAUAAAGACAGACAGCUUUAAGCUUCUCAGUGUUCUGAAGUAUAUUUUGAUGAUCAUUUGCUCACAGCUAUGCAUUGGACUCUCCAUGAGAAGUGAGUGCUGAGGAUCCUGCAAUUGUAAGAUGUGCACUAGGUAGCCUAUCUUGAUGUGCUUAACACUGCAGUUACUGCUGAUAUUAACUUGGCACCUUGGAUCCUACUAAGUGCUAAGCAUUGGGGAAUCCUCCUGUUAUGAGCACAGUACUGGUGAUCCUACCACUAUAAGCUCGGCACUGGAAUCCUACUGUUUAUGACCUUUGCAUUGGGGAUCCUAUCAGUAUGAGCUCAGCAUGGUACCCUACCAUUAUCAAAGGAUUCUCUUGCAAAUCACUUGGUGAUUGCAUAAUAACAUGGAAGAUAGUGAAUGAGAAUUUUCAAAUGCUAGAUUUUGAGCUGUGCUCCUCAGUUCUCCAGAAUACAGAGAAUGUUUUUCAGUUCAGAAUACAGAUAAAAAAAGUCCAGAGACCUUACAGUUUAGGUUUUUGUAUUUCUCCAGUUGGGCAUCAACAGAAUUAUGUGGUUUUUAAACAAAACUUGGUUUCCGGAUUUCCAUACAUAUAAAUACAAGAUUUUAGUUAGAAACUUUGUCGAUUUGGCACCAUAUUAAGAAAUGUGGUCCAUCUAAAAAAUUUAAAGAUUUGGUUGACAUUUACAGCUUAUCUCUGUAUGGCUGACAGUAUCUUAAUUGAUUGUCAAAUGAAAAAUAAUAUAUCCUAAGAAAGAAAUUUUUUAAACAGUUUGAGAAAUUUUGUCAAAUGGUUAUGUUGGAUGUUGUCAGCAAUACCCAAGUUUGUGGAAUCCCUCAAAAGACCUAACCUGCUGCUUGCUCGAGUUGUUUGGCAUGUGUGUGUGUAUACGAGUUUGUGUAGCUGAAGUGUGAAUAUGGAUGUGUGUAUGCAUGUAUGCUCACAGAUGUACAUACAAUGUUGAUGUAUAUGCAUUUAUAUUGUUACAAAUAAAGCGAAGAUAUGGAA